UCCUUUCUCAGAUUCUAUUGGAUUCCCAUGAAGUGUCAAACUCUUCAAAUCAGAUCGCCUCCCUGUUGUUAGGGAUGAAUUAUGUCGAGCUGGGUGCUGUAUUAGUAAAGUUUCUUUUCAAGAUUUUUGUUAUAAAAAAUUAUGUUAUCUGAAAAAAUGGAAGCGUAUUACAACAGGCGCAAUUUCCGUCUAUAGCAGUACGUGGGAAUGCCGCUCCUUAAUGUUAAUCAUCAUCAUUUCCAGGCGGUGUUUAACAAAAAUGCUUGCUCUUCUGUCAGGUUUACCUUGCUGGCACCCUGUUGGACGACACGUCAUCCAAAUCGAAUCAAUCAUAACUUGAAACAAUCAUCAUUUCGCUAUAAAUCAUCUGUUGCCCCACCAAGUAUUCCUGGAGUAAAAUGUGAAAAUAAUCACGUAACAUGGCCUAAAAAACAAUUUGUUGAACUUCUCAGUGAAGAAGUUAAACGCAUAUCCUUACUAUCAGCUGGUGACGCAAAAGGAAAGCGACAUAAAAACCUUCAGCAUGACUUCUUGCACCUCGCAGCUGGAAUGGAAAGACUCGUAUCCUUUCAAACAUGGGAUGAAGUGGACGCGAUUGGAAGUAAAUUUAAAGCAAUUGAUCCAGACAGAGUAAAACUGGAGAUUGACGAGAGUGGAAAUAAUAAUACUGAUGUGGACGAGGAAACUGAUUUAAAAAAAGAAACAGAUUUUCUUCGUCAUAUUUCUACAUUUUUAAAACAAGCUGGCUACUCAGAAAUCAGUCAAAACGAUGUUAAAAAUUUGUUCCUAACUUACCAUCGAUACGAAAAUGUUGAGCUGAAAGUUGAGAUCGAAGAAUUUGACUUUUUGAAAGUUUGGGUUUUCGGAACUUCCGGUUCGAAUCAAGAUAAAUAUGUUUCCUUCAAAAAAAGAACAGAAAAACAGUGGAAAAAGAUCAGCUCACGAAAUAGUUAUCAGAAGCUAACUAGUCUUUGUCAUCGAAGGGUUGUCAUUGCUGCUAAAAGUAAGAAAUCUUCAAACAUGAUUUUCAAAUGUUUCAAGGAUGUUCCCGUCGGACAUUUUGAAGCAUUGAUUCCGCAGGCAAAGAUUCAUAUACCAUGGAAACAAAAAUGGUUUUGGAAUAUUUUUCUCUUAUCAAGUGGAGUAACAUUUUUCUUUAAUUUUGGACUUUGGUUGCAAUCGGAACAUAAAUUUGGAUUUAUGUUGGUAUCGGCAGUUGUUUUGUCAUUUAUACUUUAUAGAACAAAUGUUAUUUACCGAAAUGUGAGAAAUCGAUAUAACAUACAAUGGAAACAAAUGCUUUAUUAUAAAAGCACUUCAAAUAACUCAGCUCUUGCAUUCGAGAUAUUGAACCGAGCAAGAGGACAAAACUUCAAAAAAACGAUUCUUGCUUAUGUAGCUGCAUUACAAGCGGCUCAUCGAAACAAAGGCAAAGGAGUUUCAAACGAGGAAAUAAUUGGUCAAUGUUAUGCUUGGUUUAAAAAAAUGGAGCAAAAUUAUCCAGAAAGAGGAGUCGGAUCUAUAGACAUGAGUGUCGGAAUCAGUAAUUUAUUGAAUAUCGGAAUUUUGUCGUACAAUGAUAAGAAACUGUAUGAAGUCACUGAUGUAUCCACAUCUCUCAAAAAAGUAAAAGACGAAUUGCUAUCUGCGUGUACAGAAAUUUGUGAUACCUCGUAAAUUAUUAGGAGUCUGUAAUAUACAAUUAAAUACAAGUAAAACCAUAUUAUUUUUUAUUUCAGAAAGUCAAUUUAUCGUAUAAAAUUUUUUUUUUUUUUCGUGUACACUUUUUUGAAAAUUUUGAGAUCUGCAAUAUAAAUUGUGUGAUGUUGUAUAUGUACGGUGUAUUAUAUUGAUUAGACAUAUUAAAAAUUGAAAAAUAUCGGAUGGUUCUUCUAUAAUCUCUUCAAUAAAUUUGUAUAACAUAUAAGCUAUGUUAUUUGAAAUGAAAUCUUUGCAAUGCUUGGUGUUGUGUUAUUUCAACUAAUCUUAAGAAAUAAAAAUUUCAGAAUUCACGAGAGACCCUGUCAUCACUUAAAAAAUUUACUUCUGUAAAAUUGCCAUAUUUUCUUACUUUUCGUGUUUAUCCUUGCUUUUUUGUAAUUUUAAAAAUAUUGAUAUCCUAUAUUUGAGUUUAUUGUUUCUAUGUAUCAUUUUCGUAAGGGUGUAAUUUUCACCACUGUAAUGCUUAUACUCAUAUUCUGUAUUUAUCUCGUUAACAAGUUCUAUUUGUGCUAUUUUUAUUUAAGUUUAUUUGAUGGAAAGACAAUAUAUAAUAAAGAGAUUAAAGUGAUAUUUAAAA